AUCAACCACCUAAUACUGCUCGCACCUCUUUUUUUUUAAUAUUUUUGCGUUUUAAUAUUUUCGUGCUUUUAAAUGAAAAUUGUGGAUGCAUUUAAAUUAUUUUAGUUUAUAAUUCAUAUAAAUAUAAAAAUUAAAGCCUGAAAUGGAGCCCAUCGAAGCCAAGGUGUGCACGGAGUCUGCUGCUGAUGAUGUCCCUUCUGCUGUUGGUGCUGGUGGGUCGACUUUGCUACCAGCAAAUCCGGAGGACAAGACGUGUUACUGUGGCAGAGAUAGGAACUUGAAUAUUUGUGAAUUUCAGUGUGGUAUGUGUCUGAGGUAUUACCAUGAGACAUGCGUAUCUUGUUACAAUAGAGAUUGUGUACCAUUCAUGACAAACUACCAGUUCUUCUGUAAAAGGUGCAGCAUGCAGGAGAGUUUAAUGAAAAGGCAAGCUAGUUUUGGUCAGAUGUGUUUGACUGCCAUCGCAAACCUUAUGCAGAAGAAUAAAGGGAAGACUAUGUUUUCCAAAGAUGCUGACAUUAUUCCAUACAUAGAGACCAACUGGGAACUGUUAACAUCCAGUCCACGAAGAGUCAAGAACACUUGGCAUUCUUCUAUUUCUAAGACUAUGUUGAAAGAUCCCAGCAUAUUCACCACAAAGGAAGGUGGUGCCGAUACUACUUUUGGAUUAGUCAAUGAGGAUCUGAGUAAAAUAGGACCAAACUGUGAAAGCCUGUUGAGACUGUUGUGCAAUCGUCCUGUUGAGACAAAAACUCAAGUGCAAACUGAAGCUACGAGAGGUAGGCUGGCAAAGAGAAAAACUCCAGGUGAACAUCAUUACGUUGUUGGCUCCAAACAGAAGAAAAGUGAAAUGACAUCAACGAUGAGACUGGCCCCAAGUUGUUAUCCAGCUGAGCAUCCAUUCAACAAAGAUGGCUACCGGUACCACUUGGCAGAGCCCGACCCCCACGCUCCUAAUUGGCAGAUAUUCGACGAGAGUCCAGAGUGGGCUGGCAAGCCAAUACCUGGCUACUUGUAUCGCAUGAAUCUAGAAGCUAAUGUGUUAUUGUCGUUGAAUGAUCGAGCCCCCCAGUUGAAGGUCAGUGAUGAUAGAUUGACAGUGACAGGGGAGAAGGGCUACAGUAUGAUUCGGGCCAACCACGGAGUGAAUGAAGGCAGCUGGUUUUACGAGGUGAAGAUUGACGACAUGCCCGCCGAUUCUGCGACUAGGAUAGGAUGGUCACAAAGUUUAGGGAACCUACAGGCACCUUGCGGAUAUGACAAGUUCAGUUAUUCGUGGAGGUCAAAGAAAGGGACAAUAUUCCACCAGAGUCGUGGGAAGCAUUACUGUGACUCAGGUUACAGAGAGGAUGAUCUACUGGGCUUCCUCAUUCGUCUGCCUCGCCAGGCGGAUGAGUGUCAUCUUCAACUCUUGCCACCUCAAUACAAAGAGAAGCCUCUAGUAAAGUUCAAAAGCCAUUUGUACUAUGAAGAGAAAGAUUUGGUUGCAGAAACUGAAAGCAAACUGAAACCUGCUGCUGGCAGUCAGAUUAUUAUGUUUCUCAACGGCAAGUGUCAAGGCAUCGCAUACGAAGAUAUUAACAAGGGUAUCUACUUUCCCGCCAUCUCAUCCUACAAGAAUGCCACAGUGUCAGUUAAUUUUGGACCGAAGUUCAAAUACCCGCCCAAAGAUUACCAAUACAGACCUAUGUGCCAGGCGACGGAGGCAUCGGCAGUACAGCAUGCCCUCGGAGACAUCUUGUACCACGUCGAACACGAGGGGCAAACAUUGGAAAUCUGAUGAUUUUAAUCAAUUUCUUUUAAUACUCUCAUUUCUAUAUUUUUCAAAACUGUUUGCUAAUUAUAAUAUAUUGAUUUUAAUGCAACAAAGGAAGUACUGUUGCGGUAAAUUUCAGUACUGAAAUUUGAUUUUUAAAAUUUCUAAUUUUUUUUUUUAUAGAAAAAAACGUCUUACAGCAAAAAU